UGAAUUGCAGCUGUCAGACGCACGGUCCCACAUUCCUUGACCAGAACGCGAAGAAGCACGUUUUUCUGCUUCAGCUUCCAGCCCGUGCCAUCGUAUUGUGUCUUUGUGCCUCUCUGCCUACAUCUUUAUUUCGUGCGAAAAGUGUCUUUUCGGUUUAAUUGUUUCUUGUGUUAACUACAGUGCUAUCAACCACAUAUCCAAAAUGUUCUGGGGACUCAUCUUGAAGCCGGGCAAGAAGUACUCGAAGGUGGUGGAGCAGGACUUCCAUCUGACCCAUGCCGCGCUGGACAUGUCGGACAGUAGCGGGGACGUGCAGGUGAUGCUCACCUCCGAGAACAUCACCUACCUGCUGUGCACGCUGAACAAAGCGAUCCCACAGGUCCAGCUGAACCAGGAGUUUGCCACCGGCGACGAGAUCAGCUUUGCCACGAAGGGCACGGGAGUGGUGCACCUGACCGGCAACGUUCUGCCCGACGAGAUGGACAUGGAAGACAUGGGCGAUGAGGAGGAGGACGACGAGGAGCUGGAAGACGAGGAGGAGGAGGAAGUCCCGGCAGCAAAUGGUAACAGCAAGGCCCGUAAUGCCAAGGAGGUGGCCAAGGCCAAGGUGGCGAAGAAGAUUGCCGCCGGAGAGGUGUCGGAUGGCAGCGAUGCGGAGGACACUACCUUCUCCGAAUCCAUGCACGACGAUAGCGCCAUCGUCAAUGGUGCGGAGGACGACGACGACGAUGACGACGAGGAGGAAGAUGAUGACAGCGACGACGACGAAGACGUCGAGGGUGAGGAGGAGGAUGAUGAUGACGAUGAUGAGGAGGAGGACGACGACGACGACGAUGAGGAAGAUGAUGAGGAAGAUGAUGAGGAAGACGAGGAGGACGAAGAUGAGGAUGUCAAGCAGCCGAAAGCCAAGCAGGCCAAGCUGGCCAAUGAUGGCAAGGCCGCCGUGAACGGCAACGCAAAGGCCGCGAAGGAAGCCCCCAAGAAGCAGGAACAGCAGCAGCAGAAGGGUGGCAUGCGUACCCUCCAGGACGGGCUAACGGUGGAGGACCUGAAGGUUGGCAAUGGGCCGGAGGCGAAGCCGGGCAAGAAGAUUGCCGUGUACUACGAGGGUCGCCUGAAGUCCAACAACAAGGUGUUUGACAGCACCAGCAAGGGCCCGGGCCUGAAGUUCGCGCUCGGUCGCGGCGAAGUGAUCAAGGGCUGGGAUUUGGGCGUCGCCGGCAUGAAGGUGGGCGGCAAGCGGCGACUGGUCAUCCCGCACAAGCUGGCGUACGGUACGAAGGGCAGCCCGCCGGUCAUCCCGCCCUGCAGUACGCUCGUGUUUGAGGUCGAGCUGAAGAAGGUGUUCUAAGGGAGCUAGAGAGAGCACGCACGUUGCGGGUGUUUACAUUUAUAAGGGAACUUUAUAUUACAUUACUACUAAAAAUAAACACUUAUCCUUGAGUACAAUGUA